UUUUAAUUGACUUCAGAGACCAAAAUAAUUUCUUCCUUUCUGGGUCUAAAGGGUUUAUUUACAAAUGAAAGAAUUCUGAUUGAAUAAUUGUUAGUGUGGAAUGCCUAUACGACCAAGUUCUGAUCAAUGAGAAAAAAAUGAGAGACUUCUCUCUAAAUACUCCCUUUCUUCCUGCUUGGGAUACUGUGUGAGAACAUACUGCCUGAAACUGCAACAUCCGUAUUGGACCAUGAAGGGGAUAUCUUCUUCUAUCAAUUAGAAGACUGUUCAAAAUAUUCUUCAAACAGUACAUCUCCAACAUGAGCAUGCAGAGUUCAUGUAUUCAUUGACGUAAUCCAGAAAACCAGGCAGGCAGUGGCUACAUCUUGAUGUGGGUUUCCAGUCUCUCAGAAAGGUCACAGACAUGAUGCGGCCUCACACGGACCUCCCCAGCAUGUCCUGGAUGCUGUUCUCCUGCCUGAUGCUCCUGUCUCAGGUCCAAGGUGAAGACUCGCCCAAGGAAGUGCCCACUCCACGGAUCAGGUGUCCCAAAGGCUCCAAGGCCUAUGCCUCCCACUGCUAUGCCUUGUUUAUGACACCAAAAUCCUGGAUGAACGCAGAUAUGGCCUGCCAGAAGAGACCCUCGGGACACCUUGUGUCUGUGCUCAGUGGGGCUGAGGCAUCCUUUGUGGCCUCCCUAGUACAGAACAGUGCAAACACUUACUCAAACAUCUGGAUGGGGCUCCAUGAUCCCACAGAGGGCUAUGAGCCCAAUGCAGGUGGAUGGGAGUGGAGUAGCACGGAUGUGCUGAAUUACCUUGCCUGGGAGAGACACCCCUCCACCAACCCAAACCCCGGCUACUGUGGGAGUCUGUCAGCAAGCACAGGAUAUCUGAAAUGGAGAGAUUAUAACUGCGGUGCAAUGCUACCUUAUAUCUGCAAGUUCAAGGACUAGGUCUGGUGGGACGUCAGGAGCCUGAGUUUUGUGUGCAGCUCAUCAUGGACAUAUGACCAAGUGUGAAAACCUACCCUGGAAAGGAAUAGUCUCCCCCUACGCUCUAACCUGACCCUUCCUUCUGAUCAUUUCUCCUCCCUAUUCAUUUAACUUUAUGUUCUUUUUGUGUAUUACAUGGCCUGAGAUUGCAGAGAGCAAUAAUAAAUACUUCAUUCCA